AUGGGCCUUGCUGGUAUAGCAAUCCAGCUCCAAGGAGCAGCCUGGUUGCAUGGUGUCUGCAACGAGAAUCCAUUGGCAUCUUGGAUUGGAAGACUUGGUCUACCAAUUUAUCGAACUUCUGGUGACAAUUCUGUCUUGUAUGAUCAUGACUUGGAGAGCUACGCACUCUUUGAUGGUGAUGGACAUCAAGUGCCUCAAGAUCUAGUGGAAAAAGUUGGUAAGGUGUUUGAAACCAUUCUGGAAGAGGCUAACAAACUCAGGUAUGAAACAAAUGAAGACAUGUCUAUAGCACAGGCUAUUAAGCUAGUCAUGGAGAGGCAUUCAAUAUGAUGCAUUAUUAAUGAAUUAAGUCUACUUUAUGAGAUUUCAGAUUUUUUUAUUAUUCAUAGGCAUUUAGUUUAGAUCAAGUGACAUUUCUUUAUCUUCUUCUUACAGGUGGAGUUUGAAGGAUUAGGAGAAUUAAGAAGCAAGGAU